UAUCUUCCAACACAGUCCGAACUUCCUCGCGUGCCUCUCCGGGCGGCCCAUCCACUAUAGCUGCUCAUAUCCAAUGAGCAUUUUUCACCGGGCGCCACCGGAAACCUUCCCGCGGCUCAUUGUGGAGAGCACAAGCAGAGCUGGGCGUCAUGAAUUAAAGAAAAGCCUGCAUUUACAAAUCUGAUCACCAAACCCCGCUGCAAGUGUGGUGUGGUUGGACCAGCGGCAGCAGAGCUGUUGCAGUGGAGAUGGUUUUGGACCCGGGUGAGGACUGUAUGGAUCGGACGGACGUCGACGGGGUCGGAGGGAGCAGCAGCACCACAGACCUGACGGGUCCAGAAACAAGACCGGACCCUCGCAAAACCACCACAACCUACAGCACCGGACUAGAAAACACCAGCCCAGAGCCUCCCAAACCCACCACCAACACCAGACUAGAAAACACCAGCCCAGAGCCUCCCAAACCCACCACUAACACCAGACUAGAAAACACCAGCCCAGAGCCUCCCAUAACCACCAACAACAACAGCACCAGACUAGAAAACACCAUACCAGAGCCUCCCAUAACCAACAGCACUGGACUAGAAAACACCAAACCGGAUGCCCCCAAAACCACCACCAACAGCACCCCCACUAAAACAGAAGAGACCAUUCCUGACACUACCAAAACCGCGAAAAGAACAGAGGAACCAACAGCGGAUCCUCCCACCACCACCAACACUAGGCUCCACGCCAGGACAAGCCGUGUCACCAAGAGGGAGCGGGUAUCCAACUCCCACAAUGGACCCCAGCCCCAACCUCAGUCGUUGGUGGCAGAUGUCAGCCUUACCCCCAGCCCUCGGGCCAGUGUUGGCUCCUCUACCAACUCCUCUCGCUCAGUUUUGCCAUACGAUGGACCGGUUGUCUCUCUGCGGCGGGACGUCACCGUGGCAACGGCCUCGUCUCGGAAUAAGGUGGCGACCCGACCCGCUCUCCACCGGCCCCUCAGCCUGGACGUGACGCCCCUGCGCCUCCGUGGCUCCGAGCCCGCUCUGGACCGUGGGGUCCUACAACCCCCCUGGCGUAGCGCUGGUGGUCCCUCCACUGCCCCGUCGCCCCCAGCACGCUCCCUCACCAGCCCCAGCCUGGGCCCCGGAGGCUGGAUGCGCCGCAGCGAGAGCACCUGUACCGUCAACAACUCCUCAAUGGGCCUCCGGGCCACCAGGGGGCGUAUGCGUCCAGCCACCUCCCUUCCGCACAUUUCCCGGGGGUUUGGAGGGGCCUCCCCACUGCCCUUGCCCUCCACACCGCGAGGCCCCUGUCUCCUUGUGGCCCUAAGACCCGUUAACCUAGACCAGGAGAGGCAGGCCUUCUUCCAGUCCGACUAUAAAUACGACCCCCAGUUUGAGUACUCGACCCCGGAGCCCAGCACUGUGCUGGAGAAAUACAGAGAUGGAUCUGACCUCUUCCUCGCACAGGCUGUUGGGAUUAUGGAGUGUAUUCUGAGGAAGUUUGGUAACUAUGAGAACUUUGAGGAAGUGACGGGAGGAAGUAUUUUACCAAAGAGUCGAGUCUGGGCUGCUGCACGCAAGUACCUGCAGAAGGAGAACUGUGUAGGAGAGGUGGUGGUGUGUCUGUCUGAGGAGCUGCUGUCCCAGGCGGUGAUGAUGGUGGAGAGUUGUCGUCCCACUCUGACUAUCAACCUGUCUGGAGCACGACAACACUGGCUGGAGGGCAUGCUCAGGCAUGAGAUAGGAACCCACUACCUUCGAGGUGUGAACAACAACCUCCAGCCCUGGUCUACUUCCGCAGGCAGGAAGCAGUAUGGCCUCAAACCGGCCAAUCCCACGGAAGAAGGCCUGGCCAGCCUGCACAGUGUGUUGCUACGGAAACAGCCCUACCUGUGGCGCGCCGCUCUGCUCUACUAUACAGUGUAUCACGCCACCAGGAUGGGCUUCAGCCAGCUCUUCAGCCACAUCGCUCAGUUCGUCCAGGAUCCCGCGGUGCGCUGGGAGUACUGCCUCAGAGCCAAGAGGGGACAGACGGACACCUCGGAGCCUGGCUGUUUCAGUAAAGAUCAGGUGUACCUGGACGGAAUCCUCAGGAUUCUACGACAUCGGAGGAACAUCGACUUCAAGAUGCUGACCUCGCUAGGCAAGGUGUCGUUUGAGGACGUAGAAAGGCUACGGCACAUCGCUGUCCUGCGCCGGACCAGAAUCCCUCACUUCAUGCAGGACCAGGAGAAAUACCUUCAGCAUCUGGACCACAUCGUCACGGUCAACGAACUGAGCGACGCUCAGCUUAGAGAACUCCUUCCCUGACCGACCUUCAGCUGAGCGUGGUAGAUCACCUUCUGGGCGUCAACAAAGGUGGCGAGUCAACAUGUAGAAUAGUCGGGAAAUGAAUAGAAAAUGGCGGAUGAUGUUCGGUGGUCAGAGGCGUUAAGAAUGGUCACCUGCUGCUAAUUACCUCUGGUCAGCGUGGUCCGUUUUCCCCUUGACUGACUGACCCCCCCUCUGGUCUAGACUGGCCAUCCCAUCCUUGACUGACUCCCUCUGGUCUAGACUGGCCAUCCCAUCCUUGACUGACUCCCUCUGGUCUAGACUGGCCAUCCCAUCCUUGACUGACUCCCUCUGGUCUAGACUGGCCAUCCCAUCCUUGACUGACUCCCUCUGGUCUAGACUGGCCAUCCCAUCCUUGACUGACUCCCUCUGGUCUAGACUGGCCAUCCAUCCUUGACUGACCCCCUCUGGUCUAGACUGGCCAUCCCAUCCUUGACUGACCCCCUCUGGUCUAGACUGGCCAUCCCAUCCUUGACUGACUCCCUCUGGUCUAGACUGGCCAUCCCAUCCUUGACUGACUCCCUCUGGUCUAGACUGGCCAUCCCAUCCUUGACUGACCCCCUCUGGUCUAGACUGGCCAUCCCAUCCUUGACUGACUCCCUCUGGUCUAGACUGGCCAUCCCAUCCUUGACUGACUCCCCCUGGUCUAGACUGGCCAUCCAUCCUUGACUGACCCCCUCUGGUCUAGACUGGCCAUCCCAUCCUUGACUGACUCCCUCUGGUCUAGACUGGCCAUCCCAUCCUUGACUGACUCCCUCUGGUCUAGACUGGCCAUCCCAUCCUUGACUGACUCCCCCUGGUCUAGACUGGCCAUCCCAUCCUUGACUGACCCCCUCUGGUCUAGACUGACCCUAAUCCUCCCAAGUGUCAUUCAUCACUCUGCUGUUGGAAAGCCCUGGAAAUGAAGGCCAGUGUCCGACAGACAGAGUGUGUGGAACGAACAGAUCAACACUCAGAUCAUAUCUACUACGCUUGGAUCAUAUUCACUGUGGCUGAGUCCUAAACAGCACCCUAUUAUCUGUAUAGAGCCCUAUGGACCCAGAUCAACAGUAGUGCACUACCCUAUGGACUCAGGUCAACAGUAGUGCACUACCCUAUGGACCCUGGUCAACAGUAGUGCACUACCCUAUGGACCCUGGU